CCAAACUCUUAACUCUGCCAUGAUCAUGAAGGCUUCUGAUACUUCAAAAGUUUUUUAUUUUCUUCUUGACUUCCUGUCAAUCGUCAAGAACUAUAGGAUACACUCUUUGUUGACCCAAGUGUUUAUUGCAUUCGUACCACAGGGGACAAGGAAUAAGACUCUUUCAUUCUGCAGCAAUUGCCAAGAGGCACGAUACUGUCACUCUUGAGACUGUAGAUGGCAUAACAAUUACAAUUUGUGGUCUCAUAAAUAGGACCCUCUCACACCAAAAUGGCUUUCUGCCAAAGGUUUGCAAUCAUUUCCUUUUGGAUUUCCUUAUGACUGGGAAAAGUAUGCUACUCAAUGUUUUAGUGAGGACUCUCUAAAUGGCGCUGAUAAAUCACGGGUUACUUGUUUAGACGGGUCCCUCACGUCCCCAGAUGAUGACACAGUCAGUUUCUUGCCUUUAUCCAUUGAUGACCUCACAGUAACCCGCACACGUGAUCUCUUCAUGUCCACACUUGGGGAGCCAGAGAAUUGUUUGCUAACUAAGAGUAUUUUUAAUGAUAUACUGCAAAAAUGCAGUGACAAUGCUUUUGCACAUAAUGGAUCACCAUGUCAUUCAAACAAGGCAAGUAAUAAUCGGGGAAUGACAGAGGAUAUUCCAGAUGAAAGCCCAAGUAACAAUAAGAGAACUAAGGUUGACCAGAAAUGUAAAGAUGCUACUGGUAUCUCAAAUGUAAGACACAUGACGACAUAUGGAUCUAUUUGUAAAUCUGUGAUGGGGAAGGAUGUUCAUAACUUAACCAAACGUGUAGCCACAAGAAGCAUGACCACUUCUACAAAGCAUGGGCUUAGUGAACCACUUUCUGCAUCGGAGUCCUCAGGGAGCCAAUGUGGACACUCAGGAACCAGAAGAAAUGCUUCUAGUGCUUUGCAUGCAAAUAUAUCAUCUGAAGACAAAACAGAAGUUAAGCAAACUCCAUUUAGAUAUGCAGCCAGGAGAUUGAGGGAACUGAAGAAUUCAAGUGAUCCAUCUUCUCUAGCAGAGGCACCUGGGAACGGAUGUGAGUGGAUGGAAACUAGGGUAAAUGCUUCAAAUGUAUCCCGCGCUAGCAAGUUAUUUGGAGGGGAAACCGAAAUGAAUGCAACCCCUGAUAAAUCUGUAAUCAGGAGAUCGAAUAGACUGAAGAAUCUAAAGAAGCCAGCAUACUAAGGAGUGGGAACCAGAAGAUGAAUACAUCAAAUGAUCUCAAACUAGCCCAGACAGCCAACACCGACUUAACAAUAGAAGCCACUGGUUGGUGCAACCGUGUAUUGGUUUGUAAUCCUGGAAAGAUUGUGGCAAAUAUUGGAAAAAUGUUCAAUAAUGCUUUACUGGCUCGUGCGUCGGAGUAAAAUUCAGGUAUUUGUAACAGAUUACUCUCCAUAUGUUCAGUCAUAGGUUACAUAAGCUUUAAGCCGUCUAGACAACCACCUCUGCAGCCUAGUUGAAAGCUUUUGUUUUUCUCUUAACUGUAGGAUAUAAAAUAUCUUAAAGUCCUUGCUCUUGUUAUGCAUGUUUUCUGUACUUCUGCAACUUCAUUAU